UCUGAAUGCGGAACUGCAGCGCUACAAAUGGAGCUGGGAGAGAGAGAGAUGAAUAUAAAACUGGAGAUAUAUAGAUUUAUAUAUCCUUUAUAUACCCAGUAGCAGUAUGAGGUGGAAGAGGAGAGAGUGCGUACACAGAACUGAGCUUUAAAACUCAAACCUUCUCAUUAUGAAUCCUUAAAAGGAAGCCUGAAGCGCCCCUGUCGUGUGGGCUGUGUGCGCUGUAGUGUUAUGGACUCACUGAGUCAGUCAGUCUGUUCAGGGUGUUUUACUGCACAGCUGCACCGUGUAGAUACAACAUCAGCAGCACUUACUGUCCUUCAGCUCUGUUUACAAUGUUAAUGUAAAGGUGUAACAGAUUGUAUGUAAAGGUGGUACAGAUUUAACCAACCGAUAACCGACAACUGAUAACAUUUAACACCUCGAGUUUAGUUUUAAGCAUUGAAUCCGUUUUUCUCCACUGGUGUCCCGUCUUCUGAGCCAUGGUCCAUUCAGAGAGAGCUUUUUGGGUUCCUUUCGCUAGAGAACCUCGAUUCCUCUGUUCCUUUAGAGAUCAUUUCGCACGUCUGUGUGUUGGUUAGCUGAGUUAGUGAGUUAAACAUCCCACAAUGAAAAUGUGAAUAGUAAAAACAUCCGAUACUUCGUGGCAUCAUUAGGUUAGCUAACGUAGCUGCUGACUGACUCGCUGAUGCGAAUUUAGAAGAAACGUUGAUCUUUUUUCCACUUUUUGACUCAUAUUCUAAUCCCAUAGUGGCCGUGAUCUUAAAAAAACAAGUGAAAUAGCAAUAUUUUAGGAUUAACUAAACUGAAAACAUAAAAAAUACGGAUAGAAAUGCUUUAAAGGGUCCAAACUUCUCAGAGAAGUUACCUUAGCUCCGCUAGCCGCCAGUAGCCGUUACUACUGGCGACGAAAGAAUCGGUUCUGUUGAACGAAUCGUGGGAACCGAUUCACAAGUCUAACUGAGUCGAAUUGUGUGUUUUAGCAUCUACGUAAAGUUUGCUGCAUAUUUUGUCUAAAUUUGAAAUAUUAAAAUCAAUGCCACAUUGUAAUCGUUGUCGAACAUUUUCACUAAUGAAUCUUUAAUAAAUUGGUUGACUCGAAACGGGCAGUUCAUCAAAGGAAUCGGUUCGGCAAAUUGAAUCGAACCUUCCAUCGUUGGUUAUAUCUGACGUGUCCUCUGUUCGCUCCUCCGCUGCGCCCCCUGCUGGCUCUCCGCAGUGCCCCUCCACGCUCGUUUCUGAACGGCUCCUUUGGGUCUGAAUAUGUCGAAAAGCAGCCGAAGGCACAGAUCCGUCCCGAGCAACGGAGUGUCCUGUUGUCCGGUCAGAACCGGCUCACGUCGCGCGCUGUUCUGGUGCCUGUGCUGCGCGCUGUCGGUGGCGCUGAUGCUCGGACUCUACCUGUCCACCGAGACAAGCACCAACAGCCCAAAACAAACCACAGAUCUGCUGAAGGACAAGUUUUCCCACAAGCCCAGGAAAUGCUCUCUGGCACAGGUACGUAAGCUCGCUGCUCAGGUGGAUGGAUCUCGUCUGUGGGGGACUUACCUGAGGCCCAUGCUGAUAGAGAGAGUACCCGGCACUGCUGGCAGCCAAACCGUGCGACAGCACAUCCUGUCCCAGCUGAGGUCGCUCUCUGCAGGCUGGUUGGUAGAAGAAGACUCAUUCCAGUCAUCCACGCCCAAAGGUUCAGUGACCUUCAGCAACGUGCUGGCAGUGCUGGAUCCAUCUGCCCCCCGCAGGCUGCUGCUUGCCUGCCACCACGACUCCAAAAUAUUCCCCCGAGACCCCAAACACCCACAGCGUGUGUUUAUUGGGGCCAGUGACUCAGCUGUGCCCUGCGCCAUGCUGCUGGAGCUGGCCACUGCGCUGGACACCGAGCUGAAAACUCUGAAACAGCAGAAGUCAGUGGUGACGCUGCAGCUUGUGUUUUUUGAUGGUGAGGAGGCAUUUGAGGAGUGGACAGAAACGGACUCUCUCUACGGCUCUCGUCAUCUGGCUGAUCUGAUGGCCCACACCCCCCAUCCUCCGAGCUCUACGCACACAACUCUGCUGCACGCACUGGAUCUGUUUGUUUUGCUGGAUUUACUUGGAGGUCCGGAGCCGCUGAUCGUCAGUCAUUUUGAUAACACUGCCCGAUGGUUUGACCGCCUUAUUGCUGCAGAGACAAGACUGCACCGUCAGGGCCUCCUGUCAUCUCACCCCUCAGAGCAGAGCUACUUCAGAAAAGACUUUUACCUUGGACCAGUACAGGAUGACCACAUCCCCUUCUUACAUAGAGGUGUUCCGGUGCUCCACGUGAUCCCCACACCGUUCCCCUCAUUCUGGCACACAAUGCAGGACACGGAAAGGAACAUGCACCGGCCCACAGUGGAAAACCUCACCAAAAUCCUGGCUGUCUUCCUGGCUGAGUAUCUGCACCUCUGAGUAAACUCCUGCUACCCCUCAGAUUCUGCUCAUAAACAUACAUUCAGGACCCACAGGAGUGCGGUACACUGACACUUACUAUACAGCAUUUAUUUAUUUGCUGAAAAAGAGCCAUAGGUCACAGUGGCCAAAAUACACCUGCUUUGGCAGCUUUCGAAACUGCUGUUUCAGCCUGUAAUCCCACUGGACUGGAAAAGACUUCUGUUGCUCAGACUCGAGCCAAAGACUGCAUACGCUGUCUGAUCGUCCAGUGGAUUUGACUUACUGUAUAAGUUGUAUCAGUCUUUGCAAUUGAGCCAGUGAUUACUAACCUUUCGCUCUGUGUGCAGACAUGCAGUGCUGGUUAGAUAUCUGGGUGAUAAAUCCCACUAAGAACUGUUUUUUCUUCACCUGUGUUGUUUUGAAAGGCAUCGACAGGUCUGUGGGAUUGUGAGUUAUUUAGUAUUUCAAUUCUGGUGGAAUUGGAUUGUUUAGAACUGGUUCCAAAUAAGGAACCGAUUCUCAAUACCAAAACCUGCUCAAUGUGAGGCAAGCAGAAUACGAUGGUAAAGCUUAAUAAUUAACUGGUUAAAUGGUUAAGAAUGGUUAAUAAGCUAUUUAGGCUGGUUGGAUGUAAAAUGUUCCAGAGAAACUUACCGAGCCAGAAUUGUUCACAGUGGUGGUGAUGGGAACCAGACGUCUGAAGGGUUUGAUUCAGAUACCAUCAUUGCAUAUAAAAGCUCAGAAGACGCAUGUAGGUUCACUGGUCAUUUUGGAUGGAAAAAAAUGUCUAUAUUUGUCUUAUAGACAUGGUGACCCCUGGUUCCUAUCAGCACCACUGUAAAGAAAUCUGAGUCUGUAAUUUUCUCUACAGUGAACCAUUUUACAUCAGACUUCUCUGAAUGACUUUGUUUACGUCUCGUUCGCUGAAUUAUGCAGAGCUUAUGAAAAAUCAGUGGGAUUCAUCUUUAAAGUAAUAGCUUCCAAAUGGGAAUGUGCUCUUGAACCUGGAACACAUGCUGAUGUUUUUAAUGCUAUUGUUGCCAUGCCUUAGGUUACGACUGUUAAAUCUCUUUAUUGUUGUUCAACACAGAGUCGGACAGCAAGAAGGUCACAUGCUAUGAACAGUGCUUUUUUUCUUUAUUGCAAAUUGUUUCGAGGAUAUAUUAGAAAUAAAAGUAAUACAAAUAAAAUAUAAAAAGAAAAUAAUAAUAUAAUAAUAAUAGUGGGGUAUGAGAAAGAUUCAUCUGAUAGAAAGUGUUUAAAUUAGGGCUGUCACUACCUGAUUUAUAAUAAUAAUAGUAAUAAUAAUAGUAAUAAUAAUAACUUUUCACUUCAUGCAUGUAGCAGAGCUUCAUAGUGAAAAGGUAAUAAAACAAAAUAAUUUAAACAAUAUAGAAUCAAGU